AUGAGUACUUAGUUGAGUUUGGCAUAUUCAAACAUAAAAACUUGUUUUGUAAGAUGACAUUUGUAUUAUAAGAAGAAAGCUUUACACAAACAGCUACAUUAAAUCUAUCAAAUAACAGAAUAUUGUGAAUAGGAUCAGAUUAAUUUCCUUGAAUACAGACUUCUUUCAAUCGAUCACCAAUCUUAUGUAAAUAAUGUACAAAUUGGCAUGAAUUUCUGCUCGUGACCGUGAAAUGAAAAAAAUUUUGCUUUUUAUUACAACAUGUCCCAUCACUCAAUGUUCCUAUAAUAAGAAAAUGCUGCAAAUAUUUAAAUAUAAUGUAUCAUAGAUAAAAAAUAUAAACAUAUUCUUAUUUUGUAUGAAUCUAAACAAUAUCUUUACGUACUUUAGUUUUUGAAUAAAUUACGAUAGUAGGAGAAUUAGACUAUAAAUAAACCAUUUUUAUUAUCUAAAAUGUUGGGGCAUCAUUUAUUUUCGAAAAAAAGAAAAUAUUCCAAGCUCAUUCAUGACAUAUUUUCGAGGAUUCGAGUACAGAAAAAUGUUUAUAGAUUCUAUUCGCACUCUCUAUUUAAGACUUAACUAUUUCAUUGAGAGUGAUAGUACAGAGAGUCGUCUCUUCAGAAAGCUAGGCUCAGCUUUGACAUACCUUUCAAUAGUCAGAGUAUAUAAUAGAUGACUUAUGAUGCUCAAUUUUCUUUUUUACAUCCAGACCAUCAAAAUCUAUCACAAAUCUCGAUCGUUAUUUUUAUUUUCAUUACAUAGGUUCUCCAUCAGUCAUCGAAAUACCAUAUCCAGAUGCUGUAAAAUCAAAAUAUUCAUUACAGCUGACAACAAAUAGUCAAACAUAUUCUCGAGAUUGUCGAAAAUCAAAUUAUUACUAUGAAACUAUACGAAUGAAUGUAGUGGAAACUGGAUACUAUGCUUUAAGUAGUGAUAGCAGUAUGGAUAUUUUUGAUGAUAGCAGUAUAGAUAUUUUUGAUGAUAGCAGUAUAGAUACAUUUGGUGAUAUUUACAAAGAUGAUUUUAAUCCAAUGAAUCCUUUCGAGAAUCUACUCUCACAGGAUUAUCGAGCAUGUAGUUCUCCAGACUUCAAAUUCAUCGUUUAUCUUCACACUGACACUAAAUACAUAUUAGUGGUAACAACAUCUUCUCCAAAUAUGACAGGAAACUUUUCCAUUCUGACAACUGGUAUAAAUACUAUCAUUCUUAAUCGUUACGGUAAGUAA